AUGGGUAAGAGCGACGAAGGCAUUCUUCUAGUCAUCGGUGGAAGCGCAGCCAUCGAUAACGACAUCGUUCCCUUUGUGGAAGGACUGAUUGACAGGGUGAAGCAUGCGCAUAAUAGUACCGAUAUUCAGGGAAGACGAGGCUCGGGUUUGGAAGAAUAUGUGAUGGACCACUAUAAGGUCAAGGCUUUUGCACUCUACCAUGAGCUGUUCAACCGAAUUGCACCAGUUUGCUUGCCCAUCAUGGAGAAUCAGUCAGAAAGCUUAGAAACUGAAGCCAAACGAGAACCAGGCUUUUCAAUCUGGUUCAAGAGAUCAUUCACAAAAAAUGGCAUGCCGCUGCUUGAGCAAGACAUGCUGUCCCUUACUAAGCAAUCCUGGGCUGCAUACAAGGAGAAAAGAUUCGAGAUAUUUGGCAAUUUUGUUUCUCAAGAUCAACAGCAUGCAGAAGAGUUUGAAGAGUUCUACCGUCUGCUUCGGAAAAUUCAACUGCCUAUCGAGAUGAGUCAUCUCUUGAUUGACUCUGCAAUUUCCCUGAGACAGGAGCUUGAAGAAGACAUUCGCAUCCAGAGCAUGUGUUGCCCCAAAGACAUGCCUAUUCCUCUCCUGAAGCGGAAGCUAAGCCUUGAGAGCAUCACAAAUCGAAUGUUUUCCGACCCUGAUCAACAGAAAUCCUUGCUUCGAGGGCUUGAGCUUCUUGUGCCAUCGAAAAACAGACUAGUCCAGCGACUUGCGGAAUACCAGAGAACAGUACUGACCAAGGUUCACCCUGAAACCCUUGUCCUGGAUCAUGUUGACAAAUUGGGCUUAAGGUGUCUUGAUGGUCGAAAUCACUAUAUCGCUAUGAGCAGGCCAAGCUGCUAUCUGUGCAAGCACUAUAUGGCAUUCCGAUACAAUUACAACGUUCAGAAUUUCGAUCUUAACGAUAUCGAACUUCAAUGGCGUGUUCCCGAUGUCUUGGGAGCUGAUAGCAGUGAAGUCCUUAAAAGCCAAGAACAUGCCAUUCAGAGACUAAUUGAUCACGUCCGCGGAGAGGUGGAGAGCUUUGUUUUGAGGCGAUGCUUAGCUAGUGAUGAACUAUCUAUCAAGGAGGACUUUUUCGAAUUGACUAUCUCGUCUGAUGGCAUUCCUGAUGUUCAGUCAGAUACGGGAAUGUCGUUUCCAGAUGUUCAGGACUCCUUGGUUCAUGACUUCGAUCCUCAAUCUUCACAUGUGGCACCCCAACCGAAUCAGUAUCUAUCUACAUAUCGCGAAGAUGUCCAAGACAGAAAUCGGUAUGAUCUUGAAGAUGAAGACUAUGAAGGAGGGGUGGAGGUUAAUUGGAGUUCAAUUUGA